AUGGCCGCGUCCGAGCAGGCGCAGCAUGAGAGGAAGCCGAAGCCGAGGACAAGGCCGCCGGUGCAGCAGCAGCUGCAGCAGUGCCCGCAGCGGCCGCGGCCGAGAUUGAAAUGCCCGAGGUGCGGGUCUUGCGACACAAAGUUCUGCUACUACAACAACUACAGCCUGUCGCAGCCGCGCUACUACUGCAACAACUGCAAGCGCUACUGGACCGUGGGGGGCACCCUCCGGAGCGUCCCCGUGGGCGGCAGGUCCAGGAAGGGCAGGUCCCGCGGAACCAACGCCGCCGCCAAAGUUCAGAUGCUGGCCAACGGAAGCGCCGCUGCGGUUGGCACCGCUGGCUUGCCCGAUCUCGCUCCCGCUGCCGAUCCCUUGCCGUCGUCCAUCCUCUUUGGCGGUGGGACGGGAGGGAUCUUGCCAUGGGGGCUGCAAGCACUGCCGGACUUCAACCCCGAUGGCAUCAUCGGGGAUUGCCCGGCCAGCUCCGUCAUUUCUCUGCCGGCACUCGAUUCCCGGUUCGGUGGGUCGAACUACCAGCAGCGUCAGCAGCUGCUGGGCUUUGGGCUCGGCGGGACUGGGAGAGGCCGGCCUGCUCAGCAGCUGGGGCUGGACCCAUAUCCUGCCAUGGGCUAUAUUGGAAACGGCUGGCCGCGACAUCAGCCCACUUAUUCUCCCGUGUUUUCGACUGCUGUCGCCGUGACGGCCAACGCGCCGCCGGGUGGAGGAGGAAGCAACACGGCGGAAGGGCUCUUCGUCGAGGAACAAUGUGGUGGCGAGGACUGGAAGUUGUAUCUGUCGGCCCGUGGCCAUGACCCUCCCCCGCCCUCUCCGUCCUCCAUGUAG